AGCAGUUCUUUGCUCUUCUGACACGUAGCAACCGGUCCAGUACAGGGUCCUUAGCUGAGUUUGGGGGGUUUGGGGGGCUACCAGAGCUACCGCCGCCGCCGCUGCCUCCACGUUUGAUCAUUUGCAAUGUCAGGCUUUGAUAAUUUAAACACGGAUUUCUACCAGACAAGUUACAGCAUCGAUGACCAGUCACAGCAGUCCUACGAUUAUGGAGGAAGUGGAGUACCCUAUAGCAAACAGUAUGCUGGCUAUGACUACUCGCACCAAGGCCAGUUUGUCCCCGCAGACAUGAUGCAGCCACAACAGCCAUACACCGGGCAGAUUUUCCAGCCAACUCAGGCAUAUACUCCAACUACACCUCAGCCAUUCUAUGGAAACAACUUUGAGGAUGAACCACCUUUAUUAGAAGAAUUGGGUAUCAAUUUUGACCACAUCUGGCAAAAAACACUCACAGUUUUACAUCCCUUGAAAGUAGCAGAUGGCAGCAUCAUGAAUGAGACUGAUUUGGCAGGACCAAUGGUUUUUUGCCUUGCUUUUGGAGCUACAUUGUUACUGGCUGGCAAAAUCCAGUUUGGCUACGUAUAUGGAAUCAGUGCAAUUGGAUGCCUAGGAAUGUUUUGUUUAUUAAACUUAAUGAGUAUGACUGGUGUUUCAUUUGGUUGUGUGGCAAGUGUCCUUGGAUAUUGUCUUCUUCCUAUGAUCCUGCUUUCCAGCUUCGCAGUGAUAUUUUCUUUGCAAGGAAUGGUAGGAAUCAUUCUUACUGCUGGAAUUAUUGGAUGGUGUAGUUUUUCAGCUUCCAAAAUUUUUAUUUCUGCAUUAGCCAUGGAAGGACAGCAACUUCUAGUAGCAUAUCCUUGUGCUUUGUUAUACGGAGUCUUCGCCCUAAUUUCCGUUUUUUGAACUGAAUUUAUCUGGGAUGUAGACAUCAUUGGGCCAAAUAACAAAAAGGACUUUGAACUCUUCAAUCGGACCAGCAAAUGGCUACAGUGCAACUCUCAUGCAGAUCUAAUGUUUGACUCUUGGAGCAGUGGAAGUAAAUAAGUAUCUUUGGUUCAUUUUUAUAGAACUUUUGAAUACUAUAUUGGAUUUAUGCAGUAUGACUAGAUUUAAAAGGUGUUUGUGCUUAUACAAAUAAGAAGUGCUAUUUCUUUCCUGUUCCUGCAGCCUUAGAAAAACAACCUUUUCCCUUGCUAAUUGUAUAUUAUAGUGUUUUUGAUCGAUUUUUAUCAACUGUGGGAAACUAACCACAGAGCUGAUAUCUUAAAAACAAUCCAUAGUAGAGAAGACACAGGACUUAUUGGAGAAAUAUUUUUCCAAGUAAUUAGGAAAGAAAACUUGCCUGUAUUGUUGAGUCAGAUGCAAUUGAAGCAAAAAAGUGAUCCCAAUGUGAAGUUUUAUGAGUUUGCCCUUCAGAAAUUUGAUGUUCCUCUAAAUUAUCUCAUGGAAUUUUGGCCAAAAUUCAGCAAUACAGGUAGUUCACAGUCUACCUUAUUGUAGACAUGGAAUGUGAAUAUCUGUUUAAAUAUUAGCAUUAGCUAAAACAUAGUGACCUAGACUGGCCACAUUAAUGUUAUAGUUGGAUUUCCAUGUUUCCCAGGAAAAAGAUAAUCACUAACCUUCUUUGAGGAAAAUAUUUAAAAUGUCACAAUUUCAGUAUUGCAGUUCCCAAUGUGAAGUGUGUUUGAUGCUUAUUGAUUAAAAUUUUCCCAAU